AUGGACGUGGAUAUGGACGUGGACAUGGACGUGGACGUGGAGGACAUAGACGUGGAUAUGGACGUGGACGUGGACGUGGAUGUGGACGUGGACAUGGUCGUGGACGUGGACGUGGACGUGGACAUGGACGUGGACAUGGACGUGGAGGUGGACGUGGACAUGGACGUGGAGGUGGACGUGGAGGUGGACAUGGACAUGGACGUGGACGUGGACGUGGACGUGGACGUGGACAUGGACGUGGACAUGGACGUGGACGUGGACAUGGACGUGGACAUGGACGUGGACGUGGACGUGGACAUGGUCGUGGACGUGGACGUGGACAUGGUCGUGGACGUGGACGUGGACGUGGACGUGGACGUGGACAUGAACGUGGACGUGGACAUGGACGUGGACAUGGACGUGGACGUGGACGUGGACGUGGACGUGGACGUGGACAUGGACGUGGACGUGGACAUGGACGUGGACCUGGACGUGGAGAUGGACGUGGACGUGGACGUGGACGUGGACGUGGACAAGGACGUGGACGUGGACGUGGACGAGGACGUGGACGUGGACGUGGACGACUUGGACGUGGACAUGGACGUGGACGUGGACGUGGACGUGGACGUGGACAUGGUCGUGGACGUGGACGUGGACGUGGACAUGGACAUGGACGUGGACGUGGACGUGGACAUGGUCGUGGACGUGGAUGUGGAGGUGGACAUGGACGUGGACGUGGACGUGGACGUGGACGUGGACGUGGACAUGGACGUGGACAUGGACGUGGAGGUGGACAUGGACAUGGACGUGGAGGUGGACGUGGAGGUGGACAUGGACAUGGACGUGGACGUGGACGUGGACGUGGACAUGGACGUGGACGUGGACAUGGACGUGGACGUGGAGGACUUGGACGUGGACAUGGACGUGGACGUGGACGUGGACGUGGACGUGGACGUGGACGUGGACGUGGACGUGGACGUGGACGUGGACAUGGACUUGGACGUGGACGUGGACGUGGACGUGGACAUGGUCGUGGACGUGGACGUGGACGUGGACAUGGACGUGGACAUGGACGUGGACGUGGACGUGGACGUGGACAUGGACGUGGACGUGGACGUGGACGUGGACGUGGACGUGGACGUGGACGUGGACGACGUGGACGUGGACGUGGAUGUGGACGUGGACGUGGACGUGGAGAUGGACGUGGACGUGGACGUGGACGUGGACGUGGACAAGGACGUGGACGUGGACGUGGACGGGGACGUGGACAAGGACGUGGACGUGGACGUGGACAUGGACGUGGACGUGGACGACUUGGACGUGGACAUGGACGUGGACGUGGACGUGGACGUGGUCGUGGACGUGGACGUGGACGUGGACCUGGACGUGGUCGUCGACGUGGACGUGGAUGUGGUCGUGGACGUGGACGUGGACGUGGACAUGGACGUGGACGUGGACCUGGACAUGGACAUGGAUGUGGACGUGGACGUGGACAUGGACGUGGACGUGGUCGUGGACGUGGACGUGGACGUGGACAUGGACGUGGACGUGGACGUGGACGUGGACGUGGACAUGGACGUGGACGUGGACGUAGACGUGGAGGUGGACCUGGACGUGGACGUGGACGUGGACGUGGACAUGGACGUGGACGUGGUCGUGGACGUGGACGUGGACAUGGACGUGGACGUGGACGUGGACAUGGACAUGGACGUGGACGUGGACAUGGACAUGGACGUGGACGUGCACGAGGACGUGGACGUGGACGUGGACGUGAACAUGGACGUGGACAUGGACAUGGACGUGGACAUGGACAUGGACGUGGACGUGGACAUGGACGUGGACGUGGACGUGGACAUGGACGUGGACGUGGACGUGGACGUGGACAUGGACGUGGACAUGGACGUUGACGUGGACCUGGACAUGGACAUGGACGUGGACGUGGACGUGGACAUGGAUGUGGACGUGGUCGUGGACAUGGACGUGGACAUGGACGUGGACGUGGACGUGGACAUGGUCGUGGACAUGGACGUGGACGUGGACGUGGACAUGGACGUGGACGUGGACGUGGAGGUGGACCUAAACGUGGACGUGGACGUGGACAUGGACGUGGACAUGGUCGUGGACGUGGACGUGGACAUGGACGUGGACAUAGACAUGGACAUGGACAUGGACGUGGACGUGGACGUGGACGUGGACAUGGACAUGGACGUGGACGUGCACGAGGACGUGGACGUGGACGUGGACGUGGACAUGGACGUGGACAUGGACAUGGACGUGGACAUGGACAUGGACGUGGACAUGGACGUGGACGUGGACGUGGACAUGGACGUGGACGUGGACGUGGACAUGGACGUGGACAUGGACGUGGAGGUGGACAUGGAGAUGGACGUGGAGGUGGACGUGGAGGUGGACAUGGACAUGGACGUGGACGUGGACGUGGACGUGGACAUGGACGUGGACGUGGACAUGGACGAGGACGUGGAGGACUUGGACGUGGACAUGGACGUGGACGUGGACGUGGACGUGGACGUGGACAUGGACAUGGACGUGGACAUGGACUUGGACGUGGACGUGGACGUGGACGUGGACGUGGUCGUGGACGUGGACAUGGUCGUGGAUGUGGACGUGGACAUGGACGUGGACGUGGACAUGGACGUGGACGUGGACGUGGACAUGGUCGUGGACAUGGACGUGGACGUGGACGUGAACGUGGACGUGGACGUGGACGUGGACGUGGACGUGGACGUGGUCGUGGUCGUGGACGUGGACGUGGACAUGGACGUGGACGUGGACGUGGACAUGGACGUGGACGUGGACGACUUGGACGUGGACAUGGACGUGGACGUGGACGUGGACGUGGACGUGGUCGUGGACGUGGACGUGGACGUGGACCUGGACGUGGACGUGGACGUGGACGUGGACGUGGUUGUGGACGUGGACGUGGACGUGGACAUGGUCGUGGAUGUGGACGUGGACAUGGACGUGGACGUGGACAUGGACGUGGACGUGGACGUGGACAUGGUCGUGGACAUGGACGUGGACGUGGACGUGGACGUGGACGUGGACGUGGACGUGGUCGUGGACGUGGACGUGGACAUGGACGUGGACGUGGACGUGGACAUGGAUAUGGACGUGGACGUGGACAUGGACAUGGACGUGGACGUGGACGAGGACGUGGACGUGGACGUGGACGUGGACGUGGACAUGGACGUGGACGAGGACGUGGACGUGGACGAGGACGUGGACGUGGACGUGGACGUGGACAUGGACGUGGACGUGGACGUGGACAUGGACGUGGACGUGGACGAGGACAUGGACGUGGACGUGGUCGUGGACAUGGACGUGGACGUGGACGUGGACGUGCACGUGGACGUGCACGUGUACGUGGACGUGGACGUGCACGUGCACGUGGACGUGGACGUGGAGGUGGACAUGGACGUGGACGUGGACGUGGACGUGGACAUGGACGUGGACGUGGUCGUGGACGUGGACGUGGACAUGGACGUGGACGUGGACAUGGACAUGGACAUGGACGUGGACAUGGACGUGGGGGUGGACGUGGACGUGGACGUGGACGUGGACGUGGACGUGGACAUGGACGUGGACGUGGACGUGGACGUGGACGUGGACGUGGACGUGGAAGUGGACGUGGACGUGGACAUGGACAUGGACAUGGACAUGGACGUGGACAUGGACGUGGACGUGGACGUGGACGUGGACGUGGACGUGGACGUGGACAUGGACAUGGACAUGGACGUGGACGUGGACGUGGACGUGGACGUGGACGUGGACGUGGACAUGGACGUGGACGUGGACGUGGACGUGGACAUGGACGUGGACAUGGACGUGGACGUGGUCGUGGACGUGGACGUGGACAUGAACGUGGACGUGGACGUGGACGUGGACGAGGACGUGGACGUGGACGUGGACGUGGACGUGGACGUGGACGUGGACAUGGACGUGGACAUGGACAUGGACGUGGACGUGGACAUGGACGUGGACGUGGACAUGGACGUGGACGUGGACGUGGACAUGGACGUGGACGUGGACGUGGACAUGGACAUGGACGUGGACAUAGACGUGGACAUGGACAUGGACAUGGACAUGGACGUGGACGUGGACGUGGACGUGGACGUGGAUAUGGACAUGGACGUGGACGUGGACGUGGACAUGGACGUGGACGUGGACAUGCACAUGGACGUGGACGUGGACGUGGACGUGGACGUGGACGUGGACAUGGACGUGGACGUGUACGUGGACGUGGACAUGGACGUGGACAUGGACGUGGACGUGGUCGUGGACGUGGACAUGGACGUGGUCGUGGACGUGGACGUGGAGGUGGACGUGGACGUGGACGUGGACGUGGACGUGGACGUGGACAUGGACGUGGACGUGGUCGUAGACGUGGACGUGGACAUGGACGUGGACGUGGACGUGGACAUGGACAUGGACGUGGACGUGGACAUGGACGUGGACGUGGACGAUGACGUGGACGUGGACGUGGACGUGGACGUGGAAAUGGACGUGGACAUGGACAUGGACGUGGACAUGGACAUGGACGUGGACGUGGACAUGGACGUGGACGUGGACGUGGACGUGGACGUGGACGUGGACAUGGACGUGGACGUGGACAUGGACGUGGACGUGGUCGUGGACAUGGACGUGGACGUGGACAUGGUCGUGGACGUGGACGUGGACGUGGACGUGGACAUGGACGUGGACGUGGACGUGGACAUGGACGUGGACGUGGACGUGGACGUGGACAUGGACAUGGACGUGGACGUAGACGUAGACUUGGACGUGAACGUGGACGUGGACAUGGUCGUGGACGUGGACGUGGACGUGGACGUGGACGUGGACAUGGACGUGGACGUGGACGUGGACAUGGACGUGGACGUGGACGUGGACGUGGACGUGGACGUGGACAUGGACGUGGACAUGGACGUGGACAUGGACGUGGACAUGGACGUGGACGUGGACGUGGACGUGGACGUGGACAUGGACGAGGACGUGGACGUGGACGUGGACGUGGACGUGGAGGUGGACAUGGACGUGGACGUGGACGUGGACAUGGAGGUGGACGUGGACAUGGUCGUGGACGUGGACGUGGACGUGGACGUGGACGUGGACAUGGACGUGGACGUGGACGUGGACGUGGACAUGGACGUGGACGUGGACGUGGACAUGGACGUGGACGUGGACGUGGACAUGGACGUGGACGUGGACAUGGACGUGGACGUGGACGUGGACAUGGACGUGGAGGACUUGGACGUGGACGUGGACGUGGACGUGGACGUGGACCUGGACGUGGACGUGGACGUGGACGUGGACCUGGACGUGGACAUGGACGUGGACGUGGACCUGGACGUGGACAUAGACGUGGACAUGAACAUGGACGUGGACGUGGACGUGGACGACGUGGAUGUGGACGUGGACGUGGACGUGGACGUGGACGUGGACAUGGACCUGGACGUGGACGUGGACAUGGACCUGGACGUGGACGUGGACGUGGACGUAGACGUGGACAUGGACGUGGACGUGGACGUGGACGUUGACGUGGACGUGGACGUGGAGGUGGACGUGGAUGUUGACGUGGACGUGGACAUGGACGUGGAUGUGGACGUGGACGUUGACGUGGACGUGGACGUGGACAUGGACGUGGACGUGGACGUGGACGUGGACAUGGACGUGGACGUGGACGUGGACGUGGACGUGGACAUGGACAUGGUCGUGGACGUGGACGUGGUCGUGGACGUGGACGUGGACGUGGACGUGGACAUGGACGUGGACGUGGAUGUGGACGUGGACGUGGACAUGGACAUGGUCGUGGACGUGGACGUGGACGUGGACGUGGACCUGGACGUGGACGUGGACGUGGAGGUGGACAUGGACGUGGACGUGGACGUGGACGUGGAGGUGGACGCGGAAAUGGACGUGGACGUGGUCGUGGUCGUGGACGUGGACGUGGUCGUGGACGUGGACGUGGACAUGGACGUGGACGUGGACGUGGACAUUGACGUGAACGUGGACGUGGACAUGGACGUGGACGUGGACAUGGACGUGAACGUGAACGUGGACAUGGACGUGGACGUGGAGAUGGGCGUGAACGUGAACGUGGACAUGGCGUGGACGUGGACAUGGACAUGGAAGUGA